CGCUGAGUGGGUGUUUGUUGUUGUUUGUUGCAUGAGCGCCAACUGUGCUGUGCUUCGGACAACACCUUUCCCUUCCCCAACUUACCCUCUCUGCUAUCUCUGCUUGCCCUUCCCCCCUCUCCCCUGUCCAACACGAUGGAGGAGGAAGGCAGUGCAGUGGAGUUCACAGAGGGAACCCUGUGGGUGCCACACCUGCAGGAAGAUGAUGUCACUGCACGCAGAUCAAAGCCCUCAAAGCAGCAACAGGAACAGCAUGAGCAGCAGCAGCGAGUACUGGCGUUGGACGCUGUUGUGGCGCACCGCGGGCACACCUUGGCCGCCCUCGGCGCUGCCGUCGAUCCCUUGCAAGAGACAGCACACGCCAUCUUGCGGUACCUGCGCCUCGCUGCCGAGCUUUCCAACGAAGAGAACGAGGACUACGCUGCAGGUGCAUCUCACCACUUUCCAACGACCACACCAUCCACCUCCACAGCAACGGCAACAAGCACGGGCUCCGAUGCCGCCGCAACCAGUACCGACGCGAGUGCCACCGCAUAUCCACCCGCGCCCGACUUCUCCCAGUUUGAUGAGUUCUCGCGCGCCCGUGUGGAAGUGGCGCAGCUGUUGGAUCAGCUCUUCCCGCUCUUCCACAACCGCGAUGCCCUCCUGGCGCAGGAGAUACCGCAGAACACCCCCGUGAAGCAGAUCGCGUGGGCGGAUGCCGUGGACACGGGCUUCGCCGACACCAACAACACGCAGCAACCGGCACCAGGCAUGCAGGUGUACGGGUCAUCAAGCACCGACAACAACGACGCUGCCAAGGACACAACCGUGACCGCAGCACAGCAGGCGGAGGGCACUGACAGCAGCCCGUCUUCAUUCAACACGCCCCCGAUGCCGCUCCGCGCAUCUCUGCUGGAGCGCAACGAACGCCUCCUGCUGGUGGAUGGCGAUGAGCUCACCGCACACGACGUCUUCCUGCGCGACCGCCACGACGACUACGACAACUCCGCCAACGACCCCGCGUGGCAAGAGCUGUACACGAAGGCAACGCACCUGGAGAAGCUCGUGUACACGUCCUGCGCCGUCAACGAGCGGCCCGCCGUCUCCCUGCCGUCCAUCUUGCACGACGCGCACGACCAGAUUGGUGCGCUCCUUCGCAGCGCGCGAAACGGCACGCUGGCAGCAGGCGGCACCCGCGACGCCACCAGCACCGCCAGUGGUGUCGAUGGUGACGAUGCGUGCGGGCUGCUCGAUGCACUGCGCAUCACGGGCCAGGGGUGCGAGUUCCACGCUGUCGACCCGCCAGUCAUCGCCCUCUCUGCCGUGGAGUACCUGCGUGGCCGCGAUGCGAGGGAGGUUCGCGUGGACCGCAUCUGCACGGACUACAACGGCCUGCGGUUUGUGCGCCUCGUCUUUGUCGCCAACGAGGACGAGUUUUCCUCGCCGCUCUCUGCGCUUGGCAAUGGCAGUGGUGACGGCCAGACACGUGCGGGCGACACAGCAGACACAGCCGCCACCGGCACAGGUGUCGACGGUGCGACUGCGAGGAUGCAUGACAUGCAAGUCGGCACGUCGGAGAUCACGAACGCGGCCACGCUGCAGCGGCUCUCGUUCAGCCCCAUCGACAGCCAGACCACCACAGAGGUGUCAUUUGACACGCAGGCCGUGUUCUGGUUUGCCACGCGGCUCUUUGGCGAGGCAGCAGCAAACACACAGCACGCUGGUGGCGGCGGUGGUGGUGGUGAUGACGAACCGCUGUCGCUCAUUGCGCCGUCCACCCUCCUCUCCGUCUUCGCCCCAAAGGGCCCCAUCUGCUUCAACGUGACGCCAGCAUACGACAUCCCACUGCUCGACUUCCUCCACGACCGCAGCGUUGCGCCGCACGUGACAGAUGCCGCCGCCGCCCAGCUCGCGCUCACAUCCAUGCUCCUCCUCAUCGAUGACGCUUCAGGUUCCGGCAUAUCCGUGUGCAGUCAACCGCCGCCGCCACCGACAGCAGCCGACAGCAGCGGUGGGGGCGUGUUUGCCGUCCACAACGUGUCGCUGUUCCGCAACCCCGUCGAGUUUCUUGGCGGCGACACGGUUGUGCUUGGCUGGCGGUCUCCGCUCUGGUGCUGCGAGUGGCUGCUCAAUCUCCCCAUCCCCCACGCGCUGCGUCGUCGCAUUGCACAUGUGGCGCCCGCGUGUGUUCUCCUCCGCUGGCUCGGCGACAUGCAGAUGGCGCAGGAUGAGGUGGACAACCUCUCCUCGCAGGAUGCGCUGCCGCUUGACGUGGAUGUGUUUUCGCAAAGCAUUCGGCCCGGUGUGAUGAUCCGUGUGCACCGCACGUUUGUACGCAUGCACAACAUUAUUCGCUCCAACGGCGACAUCACCAUCGGCCAGCUGCUGCAGAGGCUGUAUCCCGUGUGCUCGCAAUUCUACGAGAAGCACCGGGUGGCCGCGAAAUCCGACGCAAAGAAGACGUUCACGCGCACGCAGCGCAACGACUUCAUCUCGAAGUUGAUCCCGACGACAGACGACGUGGACGGCACGCCUCGCCUCCUCCACCUCGAGAACGUGCUUGAGCAGCCCAUCCCGCAUCUGGCGAAGAUCCCGAGCAGCAAGACGUCACGGGCGACGGCGAACAAACGGCGGCAGCGCUUCCAGCUCGUCGACGCUGUCAAAGAACUGCUGCACGCGCCGUGCCUUGAUGAGCCUGGCCAUCCGCUGACGCGUUACAGCGAUGCCUGCAAGCUCGAGCUUGUGCUGCACCUGUCUGCGGAGUUUCCCGAGCUGGACCGGGCAUCUCUCCCCUCCUACUGGAACGACCCCGCCUUCUUCCACACACUGCUUGGUGUGUCGUCGAGCAAGAUGUGCAUCACCCCGCACGCCAUCUGGCUCUUUCGCGAUUACAUCAACAUCUCCAUCAGCGGCACCACGCCCUUGCACCAGGUGAUCCGCUGCUUCUCGGGCGACCUGGACCUGGUGCAGAAGCAAAUUGACUUUAUGGUGCGCGUCGGUGCUGACGUGGACGGACCGGACAGGCGUGGUAUGACUCCUGUUGACAUCUGCGCUGAGAACCACCCGGAAAUUUUCCUGCAGUUGAUAGGCCUGGGCGCACACGGUGGCAGCCGCACCGUCGGCCUGUCCAAGUUCUACUUCAAGCUGCUGGAGACGAACGCACAGGACAACGCGCCGUUGCUUGCAGGCAUGCAGGCGCUGAUUGAGCGCAACAGGCAGCUCAACUGGACCGUCUCCCUGCGCCAGAUCCUCCCGCCCAUGCCGGGCGAGACGCUCGUCGCCAUCCGCGGCGAAACCGUCUCUGACCGCUGCAUGCGCGAACCCUUCUUCAGCCAGCUAUUCAAGAACGACUCGUUUACCCCGCGCGUGCCACGUCUCGCUGGCCGCCGCAGUGUUGGCGCCAUCGAGUGCGGGGAGCACUGGAUCUCCUUCAAGCUGCGGCCCGAAUUUCCGGGCAUUGAGUUUGUUGCUGGCCACCUCAGCCGCGCGCUCUUUGGCGAUUGGAUUGCGCCAUAUGUUGAACUGCUUCGCGUGCAAAACAGUCUUCCCAUUCUGGCCAGCUCGGGCGUGGCCGGCGUUACGCUCCGGCACGUGAUGGAAAAAUCGCCAAAGAUGCUCGCAUACCUCGACUUUCAAUACGUCUCCAUGGCCCUUCUCAACGCAAUGAUUGUGUCCCCCGAGGAUGGCAAGCCAUCGGAUUACGUCGUGGAGCCAAUUGAGGAUGGAAAGUACCGCAUCGUCGCCGUCGACAACGAGCGCUGCUUCUGUCCGACUUCAAGUACGGAGCAGCUGGUGGAGCCCUCCGUGACCCCAACAACGCGCGCUGCACGCAAGGCCGCCCCAUACCUGCGUCCUAAGUGCGUUUUGUUUUGCCUGGACCAGAUGUUGCGGCCGGUGGAUCCGGAAGUCCGCGACCACGUGCUCUCGCUCGACGUUACCGUGCUCGUGCGCAAGUGGCUUGCAAAGGCCGUCCUUGUCAACACAUCGCACCGCGCGCUCUUCUCGCCGGAGGAGGCGGCACAUCUGCUCAAGGGCGACGAGCCAACCGUGAUUGGCGUCCCCAUGGGCAAGAUGCUGCCUGUGCAGAUCCUGGACAAACUCCAGCGUAUGCAGCGCAUCCUGUCCACCAGCCCCAACGCCACCCACCUCGACGUCCUUCGCGUGCUCGAGCCAACACAGGCCGACCGCUACGCGCGCGUGCUGCUUGGUGCCGCCUCUGCCUCCACCAGCGGGCACGGGCCCACCCCGUCUGUAUCGUCAGCGGUGGCAGUCGCGUCCGGUGGCAGUGGACCUUUGGGUGGACCUGCGGAUGUUGGCGCAGGCAGCGCGGGAACGGGGCUGGCGUUCACCACGCCAUAUGAACGCUUCCUCGCCGUGGACAAGCCACUCUUCUUCGAGAAGGCGGACCACACGCUGCGCACGAACAUUAGCACAGACGACUUUAUCCUUGCGUAUGGGGUGACAGACAUCAAGUUUGUGCCUCAGCUGACGCUGCCUGGCCUGGACGACUGCCCCGAGACGAGCAGACACCACGUUGAGCACGCCCUCGACCAACGCAUGCGCCGCGACCAGCUGCAGCGCACACUGCAGGGGCUGGAGAGUGACCCUGAUGCCCUGGGGAGACUGCUGUCGGCCGUGGAACAGGAACGCUGGAUUGAGAACCUCGACUUCUCCGUGCUGAGCGAGAAGGCCCAGGAGGCCGUGCUGGCAGUGGUGGGCGGGCUGGUGCUGCAGAACGUGUGCAUUCGCAACUCGCUCGCGCUUCGUGAUCAGUUUGUUCUGUCCAAGCUCAACCUUCGCCAUGUGACGACGGUCGACCUGUCUGGCAACCAGCACCUGCAGGUCUCUGCGCGCGUAACGGCGCUGCUCGCGACCCAGUGCCCGCGGCUUGCCCACCUCACCCUCACCAACCUGUGCACCACCCAAUUUGUGGUGCGGCGGCGGCCAAACACGUUUCCUUCGCUUAAGAUCCUCAACCUCUCCGACUGCAGCAACCUUACCUUCAUCAACUUCUCUGCGCCGGUUUUGCGACAGCUGAUCCUGGACGGGUGCACAUCACUUGCUGUGAUUGAGAUCAGCACGCCGCAGCUGCUCAAGCUGAGUCUUGUGGACUGCCAGCCGGAGAAGGCGCACACGGGCUCCAUGGAGGACCACCAUUUGGAGCUCUCCAGUGACACAGAUGCGUCCAUGAAUAGUCUUCAGCGCGGCAUGCAGUGGGCGAAGACGCGCUUUUCGUUCAAACUUUCGCGGCAGUCUGGCGACUCGAGCGCGCAGUCAUCGACAGACACAUCAGCAAGCGGCAUUGCGGGCGCUUCUUCCACUGCGACAGCGACUGGAACAUCUGGUGGUGGUGCUGGUGGAGGAAAGGAGAGUGGCUCAGACACGGCUGGCGGCAGCAGCGGCAGUGCUGAGGAUCAACUGCACGUCAGCCGCGCUGCACUCGACUUCUGGACAAAGCACGUGACGAAUGCGUCCCACCCUGGACCAGCGCUCGCGUCACUCACCCCAGCGCAGCACAAGCAAGCAGUCAAGCUCACCAAGAGCGGCCUCCCACCCUCACUUCGCGGCGACAUCUGGCUGCGCCUGACGGGCGGAUUUACGCUCAAGGAAGAGGACAGCCGUCUGUACGAGAACGCGCACGAACGCCGCUUUGGGCAAUCGACGCCGUCCAUGCUUGAGCUGACGCGCUCGUUCUUCGGCCACUUCUUUGACUUCCGGCGCAUUGGGCUGGACCACAAGCAGCAAGUGUCCGCAGGCCGCGUGCUGUGCUGCCUUGCCCAGGAGUACAAUGACACCCAGUACUGCCCGUGGCUGCCGAUGAUUGUUGCGUGCAGCGUAACGUGCAUGGAGGAGGAUGAAGUCUUCAUGAUGGGCUCCGCCCUCCUCAACCGCGAGCCCGCGCUCAUUCGCUCACGCAAGGACACGUGGCUCAUGUUGUGCACCUUCGACGACCUUGCCAGCCGCCACCUCCCUGAAGCGCGCAACGCACUGCUUGCUGCUGCCGACUUCAGAGAGGGCGAUGAUUUGCGCGGCCACCCACUGCGCGGCGCCGUGCUCACGUGGUUUGCAGACUGCCUGCCUCGCCAGUCGCUUCUCCUCUUUGUCGACAACUUCCUGGUCAAGGGUCGCAAGAUCUUCUACCGGUAUGCCCUGGCCAUUCUCCGGCGCUGGUUCCGCGAGCACAUCAAGCACGACACGGGCGGUGGUGUCGGUGCCACAGGCGGCACUGGUGCUGGUGCUGGUGCAGUUGAGGACAGCGGGUUGAACUGGCCCGAGGACGUGGCACGAGCGGCCCACGAUGCCGUCACGCUCGCGCAGGAGGCGUUUUCGUUCCACUUCUCCACAAAGGACAUUGAGCGGAGCGAGAAGGCCGCGCACGUGGCCGCGUGGAACGCGCUCACCGUCAGCGGGCUGGUUGCUGGUGUGGACGAGAUUGCCAUGACGACCACGGACACGCCUCUGGAGGGAUUCCACGCGUCGCUGCAGCUGGAACGGCGGUCCGAACUGCCCAUGGAGGACAGCAGCGGCAUGGAGCGCCCAAUUCACGACUCGUGGCACUCCAUGCCACUCUCUGUCCCCUCCAUCUCCUCCAACGCGAGCGUGCGCUCGGCCAGCAGCGCCUUCAGCCGCCACACGACGGCCACCAUGCUCUCCGCUGCGUCCUCGGCACGUGACACAAUGCGCACGAACCAGAGUGCCCCAGGCUCCAAGACAGGCACCCUCAAGUCCGCGACUGGCGGUGGCGGUGGCAGUGUGAUGCUUCGCCGGCGCCCAGGCCGCUCCACGCUCUCGUCCUCCGUUCGCACAUCCACGUCACUGCGGCGCAUCCAGCAGCAGAUGCAGUCCAUGUUUAUGAUGGUCUAUUCGGAGUUUGCGCAGACGCACACGGACGGCGGCUCGCUGGAGGCGCUCUCUGCCUACUCGAUUCGCCCGGAACUUGUUGUGUGCGACAAGAAGCUUGGGCAGGGUGCCUUUGGCGAGGUUCACAGGGGCGUCAUUGCCGCGGCCGAUGCAACUGCGAAUGGCGGCGAUGCCAACCUGCCGCCCCCACUGCAGCGCCUGCUGCGGGACAAGGACUCGGUUGUGGUUGCGGUCAAGUCGGUCCUGGCGUCCGCUGAAGUGGAGGAGCAGGCCAAGUUUCUGCUGGAGGCGCGAUUGAUGGUGUCACUGCGGCACAAGCACCUUGUUGCCAUGCUUGGCGUGUGCCACACCCAGCUGCCGUACUUGCUCGUGCUUGAGUUCCUGGAGAAUGGAAGCUGUCGUGAUUACCUGCGCCGCUGCCGCGAGAAGAACGGACCGGAACGCCUCUCCCAGGACAAGGUGCGCCGUGUCGGCGUGCAGAUUGCAUCAGCCCUUGCGUAUCUGCAUGAGCAUCGCAUUGUCCAUCGUGAUCUCGCUGCCAGAAACGUUCUCGUCGGCCACAGCCUUGCCCUCGUCAAGCUCGCGGACUUUGGUCUGAGCCGUGCGCUUGGCGACGACAACUACUACCGCAAGAAAACAGAGGAGAAAACACCCAUCAAGUGGCAGGCGCCCGAAGCAAACACAGACGGCGUCUACACCCCUGCCGGCGACAUCUGGUCGUUGGGCGUGUUUCUGUGGGAGCUGAGCACCUACGGCAAGAAGCCGUACGGAAAGACACCAAACGCAGAGGCGCACCUGCGCGUGUUGCGGGGCUACCGGCUGCCACAGACGGAGCUGACACACGGGUCGCUGUACUCGGUCAUGCAGCAGUGCUGGAGCAAGAAACCGCAGCAGCGGCCAACGAGUGCACUCGUGCGUAGCAUGCUCGAGCAAGCCGUGGUCAGCUCAGCGGAGAUUGACUAUGCCGUGCUCACAUACAGACAGGCCAGCAGCAGCAGCAGUGGCGGUGUUGGUGGCGGCAGCACACGCAGCACCACGAGCGCUGUGAGCGUGGCACAGGACGUGGACACACACGCAACCGACAGCGCGUACAUGCAGCCUGUGGUAGGAAUGCAGCCAGCAGCGGCACCACCACCAGCGCCACGACGAGCGUCAGGCGCACAUGCGGCGACGGACGUGAGUGGUAUGGCCAAGCACCACCAGGCAGCGAUGCGCGCGCGCUCACAGACGUUCCAGCUGCUUGCGCGUGUUGAUCGCGUGGCCCCACCGGCUGUGCCACCACGGCACUCCACGAUGGCAUCUCGCGCUCGCAACGUGCAGCGGGCACGCUUGAACAGCAACCGCGUGAGCAGAGCACCACGGCAGGGCCGCACGCUGAGCACAACCGUGGAGGAAGGGGACGAUGCCAUGGCAUGAUGUGAUGGUGGUGGCUGUGAGCAGAGUGUUUGUGCUGUUGUGGUUUGCCUGUCUGUGCAUAUGUUUGCUUGGUGGUUGUGCGUUUACUGCUGCUGUUGUGAGGUUCAUUUGAACACGUGUUUGUUAUCUUCAGAUCAUUCCCCAUUUCCGUGUCUGCUGUUCCUGUUACACUGGAUGCAUGUCACGAUACGUUUUGUUUCUCUUCCAGCACGAAGCAGCGCCCGUUGUGGCCGUUCAUGUUGUUGCUACCGUGGUUGCUGUAGUUGUUGAUGGUGGUUUGAAUUUGAACCAUUCUCUUGACAGUACACGGUUCCACCACGCAGA